AGGCCAGCAACUGGCCUUUCUGAAGAAGAUUUUUACUGUGGUGUGUUAGUGAAGGGCGGUGCCUAUGCAAGCAGAACCAGUAACUAGCAGGCUUGCUAGUUAAUUAAUUAGUCGGUUAAAAUACAUAACUGACAUUAAUUUACGCAGUAUUUGUUUAAUUUAUUUUUGUCCGAACUAGAUUAGCGCUCACCAUCCUUCUCUUUGACAUGGAAGAAACAUCGACCCAGACCACCCCUUCCUCCCCCAGCUCUGUCUCUUCGUCGGAUCACAGUGUUCCCUUAACCUUACAUCAUGCCCCACGGUUUGGGACAGUCAUUCCCAAUCGCAUAUUUGUUGGUGGAAUUGACAUAAAGACAAAUGAAAGCGAUUUGAGGCGUUUUUUCUCUCAGCAUGGGGCUGUCAAAGAAGUAAAAAUUGUCAUUGAUCGCGCUGGAGUGUCCAAAGGGUAUGGCUUUGUCACCUUUGAAACUCAAGAAGAUGCUCAGAAAGUCCUUCAGGAUGCUGACCGGCUGUCUUUCCGGGACAAGAGGCUCAACAUCGGCCAAGCCAUCCGCAAGCAGCAAGUGGGCAUGCACUGUGGAUUUGUGAUUCCUAAUCUUAACCCUGCUACGGCUUUCCCUGGUCCUUGUGGCACCAUGUACCUCACCACCUCCACGGGGUACCCCUAUACCUACCACAAUGGGGUGGCAUACUUCCACCCCCCAGAGGUGAACACUCCUGCCUCACACUGGCCUUCUCGUUCCAUGUCUGGGUCCCCUGUCAUGGUUGCUCCCUCUGCUCCGCCAGUCUACCCUCAACCUGCUUACCACCAUGCUUACCAGGCUCCUGCACAGUGUGUGCCCACAACUCUUCAGUGGAGCAUCCCACGGUCUCCAGUGCCCCCUAGCCCCAUCCUGUACAUGCAGCCCUCUGAUCAUCGCUACCAGCCUGUGGAGAUGCCUGCUGACGUCUCCUGCAUCCAGACCUCCAUCCCCCUGACUGAAGCCUCCAUGCCAGAGCAAACCCACAUGGAUCACAUGGUUCAGCCAGCAUAUCACCACUUUUACCUUCAGAAUCCAGCCGGAAUGGGACCCAUUAUAAUACACCAAGAAACAGGAAAGGAACAGAAGUUCCACUCCACCAGGCGAGGGUUUCCUCACUCCCCCAUCAGUCUGAAAGGCAGGUGCAGCCGCAGCCCCCACUACACCCACCUGCGCAAGGACCACGUCGCCGCCGCUGCUGCUGCCGAGCUGACCGAGCUGCCUGUCCAGCAGGCCACCGAACCCCUCAAGUAAACAGGAAAUAGGAACACCCCCGCACUCCUUUGCACUUCCUCCUCCUCCAUCCACACUCAGAGUUACUCACUUCUACACUCACCUCUUCCUCCAUAUCUGUCCUCUCCACACCCAAACAAUUGAGUACAACUGACAAUCCCUCCGCGCAACUGCCUUAAGCCACACCAUGUCACUUGUACCCAUUUAGUACUGUGUAAUUCCACUGUUGAUGUUGCAUGUAGACAGUGGAGACUCUACCUUUCUCAUUGUUCACCUUUCACCCACCUACCAUAUGCCACAUAACCCACUACACACGUCAGUCACUUCUCAGCUGCGAUACGUCAUGCCACCUGUGCCUUUAACUACAACACACUAUCUUUAUACAAGAGCCCCUCUGAUUUGCAUGAGCCCCUGACAUACACAUACACCUGCUGUAUGCCACACUACCCAUUUUUGUACCCAGAGGUCACCUCUAGGUGGAGCUCUAUUACUCUACAAUACCUCAGUGUUCUGUGACAUUACAAUGCCUUUACUUCCUCACAAUAUCCCUAACUCCAUGUACCUCAGUCUCCUCUUAUCUUCCUUAUGCCAAGCCGUUACUCACUGUCUGUAGUGCUUCAAUAUCCUCAAUAUCUCAGGACUCCUCCUGACGACUCACUGACUCACAAUAUAAACUCAGGGACGAGAGCAAUGAUUACCAGCCUGCUUUAUUCAGCUCUGAAGGUGCACCUACAUGCUUUGAUAAACCUAUGGAAAGACUGAUAUUUGCACUUAUAUGUUUAAAUCCAUCUUAAAACCUUUUGGUUCUCAUUUUCACAGUGAUCUUACCAGAUAAUACAAAGCCUCAGACCAGCAAAGACAUUAUUCAGAAAGGUUGAGUACUACCCAUUGUGUACAUAUAGCUUUUCAAAACUAUUUCCUUCUAGAAUCUCUCCCUGUAAAGAUCUUAAGAACACUUGUUUGUUCCACAACACUCCCAGAGUUCCAUAAAAUGCUCUUGAAGUCGAUCUCAGAACCCAUCUCAAAAACACUCUAGAAUGUCCUGUAUGUGAAGUUGUUAAAUUCUUCAAAUCACUCCUAGUACAAUCCACACUUUCAUUAGAGUACAGGAUUUUCAUCUGCCUUUCAUGUUUAAUAUAACUCUCAAUAAUACCAUGAUUUCUAGAUAUAACCUUAUUAAGAUUCUCUUUUCAAAAGCAAGAUGCUAAAGUGUUUUUACACACACUAUACUGUCAUAUUCAUCAAGGCUUAGCAUUUAAGGAUAUACGUUUACUCUCAAUUUAGGGCUUACAAUGGACUCUUAAAUGUAUCUUGAGUUCUUGAAUGUUGUAUCAAAGCUAUUGAUUACCAAUUAUUACCUUGCACAGUAAUCAGCCUUAUUAACAUGUGGAGUCUUUGUCAUCAUAUUACUUUUUUUUUAGAAGAAUGUGUGCUUAGUUUCAGAAGGCGUAUGUCAAAUAAUAAUAUAUUUAUAUCAGUAUGCUAGAUGUUUUUGUAUAAGUACUUUUUAAACAAAAAUUACGUUAGUAUAAUUAGUAUGUGCAUUGUGGGAUGGUAGGUAUAGAACAUUAAAAUGCACACAAAAAAAAAAACACUAAGCAAGAAGCACCAAGUCCAUCCCUCUGUAGUACAUUAUAUGGAGUAAUAUGUUCUUCUUGUAGUUUCUUAAAAUGUCAUGAUAGAUUAUUUCAGUUCAAAAUGUGUGAUAGUAGCAAUUCAGUGGAUGUUUUUUAUUUGUUUUUGUUUUGUUUGCUUGUUUCUUUUUUUCCUGUUGUAGUGUAUUUGUUUUUACUGACUAUAGCCUUUUUGUCUGAACGAAAUUCCACUGAGAACACUUGUCCCUAAAACAUACGUCUGUAAAUGGCAUGUGCUACAGUACAGAUUGUCCAGUUACACCAGUUUCUCAUGUCAUUUAGUGUUGCUUCCUCUGGUUUAAAAGUGAAUUGCCGUUUUGGGUUGAUUCAGGUUAACUUUAUGCCUUUAUUAGACACCAUGUUCUGUCUAUCAAGCCAUAAAUAAGGGAGUUAGCUGUAGUUCAGGCUAGUGCCCUGGUUGUUUAAAUAUUAAAGCUUAAGACUAAAACACCCAAUUCAAAAACAUAUAAUGGAAAAUCAGACUAAAUCAUAUAUGGGUCAGUUGUUGAUGUACUCAUCGUUUUAGUGCAUUAUGCAUAUAGAUCAAACUGCAUUUCUAAAACUUUUUGGUCUACAGUCAGCUUUAGAAGAUUUUAAAAGGUUUAUUACAUUGAUUUCUUUGAGUUCUUGUCCUGACUAUGGUUGAAGUCCCAAGACACUGGGAAGUAAACAUGACUAUUGUAUGAAUAUUUGUAUGCCAUAGUUGUCAUUUUUGUAAAUUAAACUUGUUUAACCUCACAGACAUCAUUUUGUUACUGCCUUGCUUAGGAAUAUUUUUGAGGCUUUUUUUUUUUAUUUUGUUUUUAUUUGAUAUGAUGUUCCAAUAAA